AUGGCGACUUCGGCUUGGCUCCUGGGACGGCGCGCGGCGCGCUGGAGGCUGCGGGCGCCGCUCGGCAGCCUGACGUCCCGGCGGGCCCACUCCCUCCUGCCCGUGGACGAUGCGAUCAACGGGCUAAGCGCCGAGCAGAAGCAGCUUCGUCAGACCAUGGCUAAGUUUCUUCAGGAGCACCUAGCCCCCCAGGCCCAGGAGAUUGAUCACUUCAAUGAAUUCAAGAACCUUCGAGAGUUUUGGAAGCAGCUGGGAAACCUGGGUGUCUUAGGUAUCACUGCCCCUGCUCAGUACGGCGGCUCCGGCCUCGGCUACUUGGAACAAGUGCUGGUGAUGGAGGAGAUCUCCCGAGUUUCUGCAGCAGUGGGGCUCAGCUAUGGUGCUCACUCCAACCUCUGCCUUAACCAAAUUGUGCGCAAUGGAAAUGAGGCCCAGAAGGAAAAGUACCUCCCCAAGCUGAUCAGCGGUGAGUACAUCGGAGCCCUGGCCAUGAGUGAGCCCAAUGCUGGCUCUGAUGUUGUCUCUAUGAAACUGAAAGCAGAGAAGAAAGGUGAUUACUACAUCCUAAAUGGAAACAAGUUUUGGAUUACUAAUGGCCCUGAUGCUGACAUCCUUAUCAUCUAUGCUAAGACAGAUCUGGCUGUUGUGCCAGCCUCUCGUGGCAUCACAGCCUUUAUUGUGGAGAAGAAUAUGCCUGGCUUUAGCACCUCCAAGAAGCUGGACAAACUGGGGAUGAGGGGCUCUAACACCUGUGAGCUAAUCUUUGAAGACUGCAAGGUUCCUGCUGCCAACAUCCUGGGCCAUCUAAGUAAGGGCGUCUACGUGCUGAUGAGUGGGCUGGACCUGGAACGGCUCGUGCUGUCUGGUGGGCCCCUUGGGCUCAUGCAGGCCGUCCUCGACCACACCAUUCCCUACCUACACACAAGGGAAGCCUUUGGCCAGAAGAUCGGCCACUUCCAGCUGAUGCAGGGGAAGAUGGCCGACAUGUACACCCGCCUCAUGGCGUGCCGGCAGUAUGUCUACAACGUCGCCAAGGCCUGUGAUCAAGGCCACUGCACUGCCAAGGACUGCGCGGGGGUGAUUCUUUACUCAGCUGAGUGCGCCACACGGGUUGCCCUGGAUGGCAUUCAGUGCUUCGGUGCCAAUGGCUACAUCAACGACUUUCCCAUGGGCCGCUUUCUGCGAGAUGCCAAGCUGUAUGAGAUUGGGGCUGGGACCAGUGAGGUGAGGCGACUGGUCAUCGGCAGGGCCUUCAACGCAGACUUCCACUAACCCCAGGACCUUUCACCCCCUUUCUCAGCACCUAGAGGCCUUUCUUUGGGAGUAGAGAUACAGCAGCCCUUCUGCUGCCCAGCUGCACUUGUGUCAGCCCUUGGCCUCUGCAUGAGGUUGAGGUCUCUACUACGGCUGGCAAGUGCUGUGGGCCUCAGAGCCUGCCCCCCGAGAUGCUGCAAGUUGAAGGCGGGCCUGGGGGAAAGGGAGCAACACUUCCAGUCACAACUUCUGGUCUGAAGAUACUGUAGGACAUUAAUGGGAGUUGUGGUGCGUGGAGGGCCUACCUGAAAAGUGUUCCAUGGGUUCAGAUGAACUCAGCAAGGGAUGCCUGGGUGGCUCAACAGUUGAGCGAGUAUCUGCUUUCAGCUCAGGGCAUGAUCCCGGACUCCCGGGAUCGAGUCCCACAUCGGGCACCCUGUGAGUAGCCUGCUUCUUCCUCUGCCAGUGUCUCUGCCUCUCUCUCUGUAUCUCUCAUGAAUAAAUAAAUACAAUCUAAAAAAA